AUGGACGACUUGGACGUUCCCCAAAUGCGGAGGGAAGUGGAAUCGCUUCAGUACCAGCUGGCUAUCAACAGGGAGAAGUCCUCCAUCACAGUUACUGAGCUUGUGAAGUGGAUCGAGAGCUGCGUAUGCGAGGAUCCUUUCCUGAACCCUGAGCUGAUGCGAGCCAAUCCCUGGGUGGAGAAGGGCAAGUGUGUGAUCCUCUGA